AUGCACGAUGCUGGGUGUGGAGAAGAUGUGCACUUCACUAUACCACUACAGUCAGAUGGUUUGGAAGAAUUGGUGAUGCAGAUUAUCAAGCUGUAUGCUUACAAAACUUUUAAACCUGCCCAAACCAAUUGGGAAAAGCAUUUGCUGUAUGCUAUGAUGACAUAUUUUGAUCUUAAAGAAGACACUACUGGUUCAGCUGAUGCUUAUGUUGUAGUGUAUUCUGUAACGGAAAGAGAGACUUUCGAAAUUGCCGUGGAUAUUCUUUUUGGUCUCCGGGAACGAGGUUACACGUCAACAAAAGCAGUUAUCCUGAUAGGAAAUAAGUCUGACCUAGUACGCUCGAGAACAGUUUCGAUAGUCGAGGGCAAGUCUGUCGCCAUAUCAUACGAGAGUAAAUUCAUGGAAACGUCUGCAGUCAUCAGCCAUAAGACUGAUGAUUUACUGGUUGGCAUUGUUAGCCAGAUACGUCUUAAAAACCAGCAGAAGAAGGAUUUCAACCAAUUCUCCCCACCCGGUAGAGGCCAUAAGUAUCGUAGCAAGGGCUCCUUAUAUGGACCCAGUAGACGAGCUCGAGACAUGUUGAACAAGUUCUUAGGAAAAGAGAGGUACAAGUCAAAGUCUUGCGAUAACCUUCACGUGUUAUAG